GUCACGUCAUAAUCAUCUCAAUGUCAUCUCAUGGAUUCAUGAGUAAAUCAGUUCAACCUAGAGUAACGAGACAGAAUGGCUAAAUGAAAUGCUAUAUUUACCAAACACCCUCGUUGGCAAAGCAGCCGAGCAAUAUCAACCUAAGAUCUUUUGUUUGAUUCUCAACAAUCAGGUUGCAUUGCCCGAUGAUAUGUUUAUCCUUGCUUCCGAGUGCUUGCUAUUGGCCUUACUGCACACUUGAAGCAUCAAAGCGCCGGGCCAAGUCGCAGUGUCCUUGAAUUGAGAUUCAGGAUGGAGGCUCGACAGGAGCAAGCGCUACUUCGCCGGGCUGCAGACUCUGAGGCACGUUUCCAGCGGAUCAUUGAGGCCAAGCACAGGUCCCUUGGUGAGAAGCAAACUCAGUUGCAGACGCAGGUUGCAGCUGCAGAAGAGGCGCUGCGACGAGAGAAAGAAACUGCCUUGGAACUGCAGACAGAGGUGUCUCUUGAGCGAUGGGAGCUACAGCAGAAUGCGAAGAGCCUCUCGAAUUUGUGGCCAGACAUCGAGGACAACAGCGCAGCGGUCCAAUCUGCACAUACGAAGGUGCUGGAGCUCAGGCACGAGGCACAAGAGCACUUGCAAGAUGAGAAGCAGCGCUUGGAGAUUGCCAGCAGCCUUUACGAGUUCUAUGCUGUGGUCUCUGGCAUCCGCUGGGACAUGGAGUCGGAACAGAUGGAAGGGUACAUUGCCAUUGGUGAGAAAGCUCGGGCCUUCAAGGUCGAGAAGCCUGGAUCCAAGGAGUCCGCAGAUGCACUGUGGGCGGAGAUUGAGGCAUGUUGCGGUUUUGAGCCUGGCCAAAGCUGAGAGGAUCUGAACAGCCAAAUCGCUCAGGGACCACUGCCCCCAUGACAACACC